CACCAACACGCAACACCAUUUUCCUUUUUACUUGGGAAGUUCUAAGCUGUUUGGAAAGUGGGAUUCCGUUUUCCGAGAAAAAAUAAAAAUAAAAAACUUUUGUAUGCUUAAUUUUUGCUGAAUAUCUCUCUUAGAGAUCGUUUUAGAGUUCUGAUAAAAUAUUACUCAAUGAGAAAGCCUUGCUGUGAAAAGAAAGACACAAACAAAGGGGCUUGGUCUAGGCAAGAAGAUCAGAAACUCAUUGAUUAUAUUCAAAAACAUGGUGAAGGUUGCUGGAGUUCUCUUCCUCAGGCUGCAGGGUUGCGCCGAUGUGGUAAAAGUUGUCGACUAAGAUGGAUAAACUAUCUCAGACCAGACCUUAAACGUGGAAACUUUGGUGAAGAUGAAGAGGACCUGAUCAUCAAGCUUCAUGCACUUCUUGGAAAUAGGUGGUCGCUCAUAGCGGGUAGAUUACCGGGAAGGACGGACAACGAGGUGAAGAAUUACUGGAAUUCUCAUAUUAGGAAGAAGCUAAUACAGAGGGGUCUUGAUCCUAAUAAACCACAUCGAUUGAGAAACACUUCGAUUGGUGCUAGAAAAUCAUCUGAAUCACCAAACGAUCAGGCACCAAAACCUGUGAAUUUCCAUGGCUACAAAAAUCUCAAGGUUAAUAAUGAUACCGCAACAAGUUCAGAUAGCAACAAAACCAGUACUACUUUGCCUGACAUAAACCUAGACCUCACUCUUUGUACUCCUGCAAUAGCUCUUGCUUGAGAAAGAAGGCAAACCAAAUACUAACUAGUAGUUAAGGUCAAGUUCCUCCAUCUAUCUCCUACUCUUUUUCUCUCAGGAUAUAAUGGGUGCUUGGAUGUAUUUUUAUAUAUUAUAUUAUUAUGACACACGUACGGAUUGUCUUUCCCAGCUCGAAGCUGCUAAAUUUAAUAGGUCUAGUCCUAAUUUGUAGCCUACCAUAAGGUAAGCAAUACAUAUAUAUAUAUAUAUAUUAGUAUAUAGAUACUUUGCAUGAAGACGAUCAUAUAGCUAAGAUGAUGCUUGGUACAUAUAGGAGUGCCAGAAAUGUAAAAUAUAUAUAUAUAUAUAUAUAUCAUCGGUAUGGGUUUUCACUUAAAAUCUUAUGGCUUAAGCUAGAUGGGAAAAGUUGAAAAUCUUUAUGUAUGCUUAUGUUAUCAUUGAGGGUAAGAUGUUAGAUGAGUUACUGGGAAAGCAUGUGAAUCAUGUGUUUAGAUUUGUAGUAGCUGUGAGUAAUGUAAUAAUCAAAAUUAAGGACAGGUUAAUAUAUUAAAGGCUAUGAAGCCUAUUCAUAUAUUUACUCA